AUGCGAAGUUUCCUCCCACUAGUACAAUCAGCCUUCGGUGAUACCUCUUCACCUCUCCUGAUUCUGCUAUUAAUGACUUUACCGUGGCAGCCUUACGGAGCUCUUGGUUUUAACAUUCCCCGGAUCAGAAAGGCUGAAACGCCUGACUUUACCGAAGUCUCUCUUUUUGUUACUGAAAAUGCCAAAUCAGGAACGGUUGUUGGAGUUCUGAAACAGUAUCUACCAUUCCUGAAAUCGGAUGACGACUUACGUUACCAAAUAUACAACUUGGGACUUGCGCCGGAUUUAGAAGAAGAGUUAUUGUCAUCCCAGUCAACAAAUGAGUCAGACCCUGUUUUUACAAUGGAUCCCAUAUCCUCUGCUAUUAGUGUGGCGGAUUCUUCCAAGCUGGAUCGUGAACGACUCUGUCCUUUCGCUUCCGCGACGGAAAAGGAGUGCAGCCUUAAUUACGGAGUUUCGAUUGCUCGGCACAAUAAAUCAGCUCCACCACUCCCACCUGAACAGUCUUGGAUCAAGGUAAAAAUCGUUAUUAAUGAUGUCAACGACUGUGCCCCCCAAUUUAAUGAUGGCAGCACAAAGGGCUGCAGAACUAUUGAUCUGCCAGAGGAUACCCCAGUUGGCACCAAAAUUUACCUUCCCGAUGCCAAAGAUCUUGACGGUUUACAAAAUGGUCAAUUGAUUUACCAUUUAAACUGUCAGAAUGGACCAACAAAUCACCCCUUUGCACUUUAUCAAGCCCGCAGAUCAGUACCGGAUUCUGAUGACAGCAAUGGCAUUAGUUCAAUUCGGUUGCAAUUACGGUAUCCAUUGGAUCACGAAGAACAGAGUGCCUACAAUUGUACGUUCACAGUGUGCGACAAUGGAACACCAAUCCUCUGUUCUACUAUGCCUCUCUGUAUUACUGUCCAUGAUGUAAAUGAUAACGCCCCAGUAUUUCUAAACGAAAAUGCCUCUCUUGCCUUGCGUGAAGACACUUCCAUCGGUAGUCGUAUUAUCAAAUUGAAUGCAACAGAUGCGGAUAGUGGAGCUUUUGGAAGUAUUCGGUAUGCCCUUGUAGGCGAUAUGUCCGACAGUCUGAGCAGUCAAAGGCACUUUCGGUUGGAUCCAAACACUGGAGAGCUAUUUCUCAUUUCCCAACUCCAGGGUGGAACAAAAUUUCACUUUUGGGUGGAGGCACGGGACAGAGGUGAACCCGAGUCUCGAAUGAGCAGGUCAACCCUGUCCAUCUACGUUAUUGAUGUAAACAAUCACUCUCCAAAGAUUAUCAUCCUUCCUGCGGCUAGCAAAAUCAAGAAUGCUGUAGAUAGAGAUGCACCCAUACUGUCAGUACGCUCAGUGCUCUCGAGGGUAACAAAGGUGCCGUGUACAUUUGCUGGGAUUAGAGACAGCAAAGUGUGCGAAGAGAAUGAUGAGGGGAGCAGCCUCAUUCAAAUCUUUGAAGAUAACAUGGCACCCACCAAUGUGGCAUUCAUUCACGUCUCCGAUGCUGAUGUGGGUGAGAAUGCUCAAGUGAAUUGCCAGUUGCACACAUAUCCUGAAAUUCCAUUUGGAGAGAGUAUAAAACUUGUGCUGGAGCAUCAAAUCUCCAGCAGUAAGGCUGUAUAUAAACUUGUACUUGAAACGGCUUUGGAUUGCGAAAUCCAUUCCCAUUCAAAGGGUCGAUCCAUUUGCAAUUCGGCUUGGACUAUUCCCAUUAAGAUUGAGUGUCGUGACUUUGGCAGUCCAGUUAGAAAGUCCUUUCAUAAUGUGUUUGUGGAGAUUCUUGACACCAAUGAAUUUCCUCCCGUGUUCGAAAAGGAGGUCUAUCGUACGGAGGUGAAGGAGAGUGCUCCAGUCGGCUCUAACAUCCUUCAGGUCUCUGUCACGGAUGCUGACUCCGUGUUGCAGGGGCUAACUCCGAGUGAGCAGCAUAAUUUGAAGCACUUUGCUCCUGUGCAUUCUGAACAAACCCUUCGAUACGAGUUGGAAAAGCAGGAGGAUUUACCAUUUGCCAUUGAUGCCUAUUCGGGAAGGAUAUACGCGGCGGGCGAGCUGGAUGCUGAGAACAAGACGGAAUAUUCAUUCAAAGUGAGUGCUUCGUCGCGUGAGGACUUCCUCUGCAAGCGCAAACGACAUGAUGCUGGGACAGGCUGGCCAGUGUCGACCUGCCGUGGGGAACCAGAUCGUCUGGCGGGGGCUCCAGACAACAUACUUUUCACCUGUCAAGUGAUUGUCGAUGUGCAGAAUGUGAACGACAAUCCACCCCACUUUCUUCCCCCUCACAUUCUUGUGGGCAGUCUGGCAAUGGAGGAGGAGACGGUGAUUCGUAUUCCCGAGAAUUUGCACAAAGGCACCAUUUUUAUGCAACUUCGCACUCAUGACCCCGAUGGCAGUGAGAACUCCACAAUUCGUUUAGAGGGAUGCGUUCCGCGGCCCACGGGCCGGCCUUUGACAGCAGCACAUACACCGGCCCCAAAACAGGUUCAGGUGAAACCGGUUUUUGAGGUAGAUAAGAAGAAUGGGAAGUGCUGGACCAUUAGCAGCCUUGACAGGGAGAUGGAAUCCGCCUACGUGUGCACUAUCACGGCUGAGGACGGAGAAAUAUCAAGUAGACUCACUUCAACAACUACUUUGACUAUCGAAUUAAUCGACGAGAAUGACAACGCUCCUAUAUGGUUGUACCCACGAGCACCCGACGACUCCCGCAUUCAAAUUGGGGUGGAUUUUCCCGCCACGCGAAUCAUCACACGAGUGCGUGCUGUGGACGCUGACAGUGGCAAGAAUGCACGCAUUGUCUACUCCUUGGAGGACUCCUCUUUUGUCCAUUUCAGUCACGAACGCACUUGCGACCUCUUUGCUCUCUUCUCCCUCGAAAGCACAACUGGUCAUCUCAGAAUGCGGGAGGGAAUAAGUCCCUGUAUCAAACCAGGAGAUUCGGUUCGUCUCCUCCUUCGAGCCACUGAUGGGGGCACACCACCACUGUCAAAAGAUGCAGAGUUCUUCCUCGAAUUUAAGGCUGGAUCAGAGGUAUUAAAUAUUCCUCCUGAGUCUACAUUCCUCACACAAGCUGACGAAGCUUUCGGGAACAAACCACCCAACCCAGAAUCACAAACACGUGAAAGUCUUGUUCAGACUGACGCUGCUAGCUCCUCCACCGCUGAAGAGAGUGCAGAAUUGGCUGGUACAAAGAGGAUGUAUAUUUUUGUGCUGAUGAUCGUGAUUCCGGUAGCAGCUAUACUUCUUUGCUGUUGCCUGGUAACCACCCUUCUCUUUGUCAUUCGAUCUCGACGAGGAAGACAUCCACGUCGAAGUGGCUUCAAGGAGUCAUGCGUUCUAAAUGAAUUAGACUUGCUGCAGGCGGAGAUAGGAACAAAUCGCUUCUCGUCUGUAGAUGUCUGUACAGGCCGUACAAAAUCCCCAACACCUUCAUCGUCACAAAUGAUUUAUUCAACUGAUGCCAGAACCCUCUCCUCACACCAGCGGCUGAGACCACCCAGUGGCAACGACUUCAUUCACACCAUAACGGGUAUCCAUUUGGACGACACUGCCUCUGUGCACAGUGGAGAUGUGCCAUCAGACGGAAAGGUUGUCUACCCAAUCUACUUAAAGCCUCUGGUUGGGGAACCGACUGCUUCAACGACGGCGGGAGAUGCAGUGAUUCGCUUGACCAGCAUUCCAGAACUGGAAGGAACCAUACUUGUUCCGCUGCCGAAACCCAACAUCGCCACCUCCACUGUAAAUUAUCAUCAACCUGUUUCUGAAUCUGUAAGUGUUAAAAGUUGUUCUGUUCAAAUGGCACCAAUUAUCCAACACUUCGCACUUCUUGUGGCAUACGAUAAGUGGGAACGGAAAUUUCGGUUCUUUGUCGUCCUUGAAGGUGUUCAGCGCCAGAAGUGCCUCCCAUCGGCGGGGGUCAUUUAUGUUCCCGUCGGCUCUACGGAGGUCGGACAGGUGGCUAUAAGAGCAAGCAGUCCAACCGCCGUCUCCCACCAUACCGGAUCGGCUCUGUCAACACCCACUUCCACUUUGAUCUCCGUCUCAAAGCCGCCAGUCCGUCCAUCCAAUGAAAGUGGUCAAGGCGAUAGUAAAAGUGCCGCGUCUUCCUAG